UGGCAACACUCGCGGUGAUUUCCAGGAAGCGUAACUGCGCACGGCAAAAGGCCUCUGGCGGCGAGGUGAAGCGAAGAAAGCGAUGGGUUUUGGGAAGGCGCUGUGAUUUGGCCUGAAAAGGAGGAAUCUUUCCUUCGUCUUCUCCUUCCUUCCAUCCUUCCGCGCCUCCGUGCACGCGCCCUCUUUUAUUGCAACCUCAGAUCGGUCCCUGACUAGCCUUUUCACAAGGAAGGGAGUAGAAAAAUGAGGCUCUCGUCGCCGGCUGGCGGCGGCGGGCUUCCAGCGGCUCAGGCGGCGGCGUCGCCGGAAGCUGCCGAGGAGCACAAGUGCCUGAAUUCAGAACUGUGGCAUGCUUGUGCUGGCCCGCUUGUUUCUUUGCCUGGGGUCGGCAGCCGGGUAGUGUAUUUCCCGCAGGGUCACAGUGAGCAGGUAGCUGCCUCGACAAAUAAAGAAAUAGAGUCUCAGAUCCCCAACUAUCCUAAUCUGCCUCCACAGCUUAUAUGCCAACUGCAUAAUGUGACGAUGCAUGCUGACGCGGAAACGGAUGAGGUCUAUGCGCAGAUGACAUUACAACCACUUAACCCGCAAGAGCUCAAGGAUCCGUAUCUACCUGCUGAAUUAGGUACUGCAAACAAACAGCCAACAAAUUACUUUUGCAAAACAUUAACUGCAAGUGACACCAGUACGCAUGGUGGAUUCUCUGUUCCCCGGCGAGCAGCUGAGAAAGUGUUUCCUCCGCUGGAUUUCACUCAACAACCUCCAUGCCAGGAGCUGUUUGCAAAAGAUCUUCAUGGCAAUGAGUGGAAAUUCCGUCACAUCUUCCGCGGUCAGCCAAAGCGGCAUCUUCUCACUACAGGCUGGAGUGUCUUUGUAAGUGCAAAGAGACUUGUCGCUGGGGACUCUGUCCUAUUUAUCUGGAAUGAUAACAACCAGCUUCUUCUGGGAAUUCGGCGGGCAACUCGGCCACAAACGGUUAUGCCAUCUUCUGUCCUAUCUAGUGAUAGCAUGCACAUUGGUCUUCUUGCUGCAGCUGCUCAUGCUGCUUCAACAAAUAGCCGGUUUACAAUCUUCUACAACCCAAGAGCGAGCCCUUGCGAGUUUGUUAUACCACUUUCUAAGUAUGUAAAAGCUGUGUAUCAUACCCGUAUAUCUGUGGGGAUGCGUUUCAGGAUGCUGUUUGAGACGGAAGAAUCAAGUGUUAGGAGAUACAUGGGAACAAUUACUGGAAUUAGUGAUCUUGAUGCUGUUCGUUGGCCGAACUCACAUUGGCGUUCUGUAAAGGUUGGCUGGGAUGAAUCGACUGCUGGAGAGAGGCAGCCAAGGGUGUCACUUUGGGAGAUUGAGCCCCUCACAACUUUCCCAAUGUAUCCUACUCCUUUUCCACUCAGACUGAAGCGUCCAUGGCCAACAGGCUUGCCUUCUCUGCAUGGUGGUAAGGAAGAUGACUUGACUUCCUCUCUCAUGUGGCUUCGAGAUAGCGCAAACCCUGGUUUCCAGUCGCUGAAUUUUGGUGGUGCUGGUAUAAGUCCCUGGAUGCAGCCAAGGGUGGAUACAUCAUUACUUGGUCUACAACCUGAUAUUUACCAAACAAUGGCCGCAGCUGCGUUCCAGGACCCAACGAAGAUGUCGCCCACGAUGCUGCAGUUCCAGCAGCCACAAAACAUGGUUGGUAGAGCUACACCACUUCUGCAAAGUCAGAUUUUGCAGCAAAUGCAACCUCAGUUUCAGCAGCAUCCUUACCUUCAGAACAUCAAUGGAACAACAAUCCAAGGCCAGGCUCAGUCUGAGUUCCUUCAACAGCAGCUCCAACGGUGUCAGUCUUUUAAUGAGCAGAAGCCACAGCUUCAACAACAGCAAGAACAGCAGCAGCAGCAGCAGCAGCAGCAGCAGCAGCAAUCACAGGGUAUGCAAGUCCCUCAACAUCAAGACAUGCAACAACAAAAGAACAUGGCAAACUACCAGUCAGCAUUUUCUCAACUCUCCUCAGCUCCCCAGUCUUCACCAACGACACUGCAGGCAGUCUUACCGUUUUCGCAGCCUCAGAACUUUUCAGACACAAACAUAAGUUCACUGUCCCCAUCCGGUGCAUCCGCCAUGCAUAAUACAUCGGGGCCAUUCUCAUCAGUAGCAGCUCCACACCUAAGUAUGCCAAGACCUACUGCGGUACCUGUCCUUGACCCUUGGUCGUCAAAGAGAGUUGCCAUGGAGUCUCUGCUCCCUUCUCGCCCUCAGGGUACACCGCAUGUAGACCAGCUUGAGUCAGCACCGCCUAGUCUACCUCAAAGCUCUGCAUUGGCACCUCUUCCUGGAAGAGGGUGCUUGGUGGAUCAAGAUGGGAACUCUGACCCUCAUAAUCAUCUUCUGUUCGGCGUUAAUAUAGACUCGAACUCUCUCCUAAUGCAAGGAGGUCUACACGACGAGAAUGAUUCAACUGCAAUUCCCUACUCCACUUCCAAUUUUCUGAGCCCUUCUCAACAUGAUUUCUCCUUGGAUCAAACACUAAACAGUCCAGGAUGUUUAGAUGAGUCGGGAUACGUAACAUGUUCACAGAAUGCUGAUCAAGGGAAUCAGCCACCUGCGACUUUCGUGAAGGUUUACAAAUCUGGAACCUACGGAAGGUCGCUUGAUAUCACUAGGUUUAGUAACUACCAUGAACUACGUAGGGAGUUAGGGCGUCUAUUUGGCCUUGAGGGCCAGUUGGAAGACCCCUUGAGAUCAGGCUGGCAGCUUGUAUUCGUCGACCGGGAGGAUGAUGUCCUUCUUGUCGGUGAUGACCCUUGGCAGGAAUUCGUGAACAGCGUAUCCUGCAUAAAGAUCCUCUCCCCGCAGGAGGUCCAGCAGAUGGGCAAGCAGGGCUUGGAGCUCCUGAGCUCGGCCCCCGGGAAGAGGCUAAGUAGUAGCAGCUGCGACGACUACGCGAGCAGGCAGGAGUCGCGUAGCCUGAGCGCUGGAAUCGCGUCCGUUGGCUCAGUUGAAGUCGAGUUCUGAAGAGAGCGCCUCCGCGAGCCGCUUGGCGUAUGUUUCUGCAGCCCCUUUUUUUCUUCUAGUUUUUUGAUGAGACCUGGAACUGGAAGCACAUAGAUCAUGCCUAGCUCUUUCUAAGUUAUGAUGUACCAUUCUAAUAAUCAUCAUGCCAUGUGGUAUCAACUUCGAAGUAGAGACAGUACAGCCCUCCGUUUUGGUGAACGUGCCAAAACUCUGUUCCGUGGAACUCUAAUCCUGUGAAUGUAGGCUCUCUGAUUAUGGAA